AUUGACUUUCCUGCUAUCAUGGUCACAGCAAGGAAACUAACUCACAAAAGGUGAACAUGCCUGUCGAUACCUCCACCAUUAGUGUCUACCCUCCCCCAGCUGCCAGCGUCUGUGGAGCGGACCGUAGAGCAUACUACCGGGAGCUCAUCAGACACCGCAUGCGGGUAUCGAAGGCAACCGUUAUCAAAGACCAAUACCAUUUGGACUCGGCAGCAUACGACUUGGAGGUCAUCGAUGGGUACUUUGCCUCCAACGACCAGGCUUGCGACUAUUUCGAGAGAUACAGGCAAGACGUAGGAGACCGUGCAGCCCGCUCCUCAGAAGUCCAGGGUAACGGACCGCAGGCGAUAGUAGUAGAGCUGAAAGAUGGCGCGAACUUACCAAGACGACCGCACCCGCGAGCUACUACAAAACGCCCAGGCCUUCCCCGAAGCUACCUCUCUUCGAAAGACAGCAUUAGAACUAUUCAAUAUCGCCAGCAAACUCCAUCCUCACGGGCUCGCGUCCGACGAUGCUAUGUACCUUGUCAGCGAGCAGGCGAGGCAUUAUGAAACCCAAAUGCGGACUGAGGCCGAUUUGAGGGCGGAGAAAGCUGAAAAGCAAGUGGAUGAUUUGAAAGAGGAAUUGGAUGAGCUGACAGAGGAGAUGGAUGAAUGGAAGGGGAAAGCCGAGCUCGCUGAAGCUCAGCUCGAAGAGGAGGAUUCCUGGGCCAGAAUCAAGAGAAGAAGACCGGAAGCGUAUGACGAAAUAGGAUGGUGAACGUCUGAUGCCUGCAACUCGUUGUACAAGAACCAUUGAGUACUCGUAUAAAAUGUGAGAGCGCCACAUUGAAUGAGAAGCAAUCACCGGACGAGAU